UCGCAACGGGAAUCAUCUCGUGUUACCCAAAAAAACCCUAGCAGCCGUGCUGAAGAGCCAGCUCUCUAAAUCCCUAGGCUGCCUUCUUCACUAACAACCGUCAGCAUCCAUGACAUUCAAGCGAAGGAAUGGAGGCCGCAACAAGCACGGCCGUGGACACACCAAGUUCAUCCGAUGCUCCAACUGCGGCAAAUGCUGUCCCAAGGAUAAGGCAAUUAAGAGGUUUCUCGUGAGGAACAUAGUAGAGCAAGCUGCUGUCAGGGAUGUUCAAGAAUCCUGUGUUUAUGAUGGGUAUGUUUUGCCCAAACUGUACGUCAAGAUGCAGUACUGUGUCUCUUGUGCUAUUCACUCCCGUGUUGUGAGGGUUCGCUCUCGCUCUGAGCGCAGGAACAGGGAGCCCCCACAGCGUUUUAUUAGACGCAGGGAUGACAUGCCAAAGCCAGGGCAGCCUGGUCAACCUGGGCAAGCACCUCGUCCUGCUGGUGCAGCUCCUGCACGUGCCUAGAGAAUCAAAUCAAACUCUUCUACUGGCCAUUCUGCUUCAAGUUGCUGUUUGAACUAGAUGAAUUUGUUUCGGUAUUUUACUGUUAAGACUUGUGAAUUAUUUUUAGGUUGUCAAAGUUUUGACUGAUGAGAAUGCUUUCUGAAUCCCUUGUUUCUGAGUUUCAUGUUUUAUUUAAAUCCUAUCAGUCUGUUUUGCUACAGCUAAUAUAAUGGUAAUAUAUCGAAGUUAUCCA